GAACCGGGAGUCGGCUGUUCUUGGAUCGAUGGGAACAACGCCACGCGCAGGGAAGGGCACUUCCGUCAACGAUCCUGCGUCGAAAACGAACGUUUAUUUGUGCUCGUAAAAUUUUAUCAAACAUCUUCGAAAGUCGCCGCUUCUAUUUAUUGGCCAGAAGAUGAGCAAGGACGAUAGUGAUGGUGGAACACGCGUUUAUGUGGGAGGUCUUCAAGACAACGUCAAGAAGGAAGACCUCGAGUCUGAGUUUGAGAAGUACGGCAAGCUCAAUUCAGUUUGGGUCGCGUUCAAUCCGCCCGGUUUCGCUUUCAUCGAGUUUUGCAAUCAGGUCGAUGCCGAGACGGCUUGCGACAAUUUGAAUGGCACAGACAUUUUGGGCUCGAAAAUACGCGUCGAAAUUGCACGCGGUAAGCGACGUGGCGGUUUUCGGGGGGGCCGCGGCGGCGGAGGUAGCCGCGGAAGCAGCAGUAGUGGCUGGAGACGAGGGAGCUCGUUCGGUGGCGGAAGUAGUUACAGAGGAAGUAGCGGCGGAAGUCGGGGGCCGCCGCGUUACGAUAGUUACGGGGGAGGAGGUGGUGGAGGAAGCAGCGGUCGCCGAGGCAGCCGCGAUUUCGGACGAGACAGUUACAGAGGAAGUGGCGGUCGCAGUAGCUACGGAAGUAGAGGCAGCAGCGGUCGCGGUAGCAGUGGAGGAUCGAGAUAUCGAUCGCGUUCUCCUGUACAAAGACAAAGUUAUUAAUUAUUUUAUUCUUUAAGAUUUGUACAAAACUUCUUACGUUCUUGUAGUUCGCUUUGUAAGAUUAACGAUUUUUUUAUGUAGUAUCUUAAGUUCUCUAUUUAUAUAAUUGACCGUUAGGUACCUAUUUAAUUCAGUUUUGUACUUUUAUGUAAGGAUGUUCUCUUAGUAUUAAGUAAGCAUGCAUAUUAAUACUCUUAUUUAAGUGUAACGAAAUACAUUAUUUGUGUGUACUGUGUACCUACUUCCUUUUUGAUUAAACAAGAGUUAAAUGCUGUA